UCAACAAUGGAUGUAAAACCAUAACCCUCACUAUUGUGACUUAAUUUCUUUCCAUAUUUUACACUUCAAAUCUGUGAUGUGGUCCAGCUGUCACUAAUGAUGUUCGGUGACAAUUCAGGUGUAUAUGGUUUUGUUGCCUGGUGUUGUAAUUAUGUACUUCGUGGUUGCGUUUGAAGACUUCCGGAAAUUUCCAUAUCAUCAUAGCUGAUUCCAAAAUAUAAAUGGAGGUAUUGUGAAGUACUGAUUAUCAGAAAUGUUAAAAAUGGAUGAUGCAAAAAAGUCUAAAAAGAAGAAAAAUUAUGUAUCACUGGAGGAUAAAGUUCCGAAGAAGAAAAGUAAGAGAAUGGUUGAAGAAGAGAUAGAUAACCUUGAUAUGAUUGUUGAUAAUAAUCCAAUUGAUGAAAAGGUCGAGGACCUAGCCAUUGGAGUCAAUGAAAAUGGAGACACUUGGACCUCAGAUGAUUAUAAAGAAUUGAUAAAAAGGAUGGAGGCACAAAUACCCAAACAUGAUUCAUUGAGCUUUGGGAGUAGAUCAGAAAAGCUGAACUGGGAACAGAUCAAAUUCGGUAAUCAUUCAAUAGAUGAGUGCUACGGCAAAUGGAAAUUAAUCAAAUCAAAGGUUCGUCACUUCAGAUUGCUUAGCGAAAUAUUACAAGAUGCCAAAGUUUGGGCUGAACAGCCUUGGUCAGCCCCACUAAGCAAGAAAAAGGUUCGUCAUCCAGAUCAGCCUCCUCGUCCUUUGUCUUCAUUCAUGUUGUUUUACAUGGAGAAAAAAAGUAAAAUCAUAAAAAAAAAUCCAGAACUCAAGCUGACUGAAAUAUCACGAAUAAUUGGAGAGAAGUACAAGGCACUCACUGAUGAAAUGAAAAAUUACUACAAGGAAAAGGCUAGAGGCAUGCAAGAAGAAUAUAAAUUAAACUUGGCCAAGUUUUAUGAGAAACAUCCGGAGCUGAUGAAAAUCAAGAAGCCCGUGGCCCAAACCAAAAAACCACUGCCUCCAUUCAAGCUCUACUUGAGAGAAAAGCUGCUUAAGCACGAAAAUGAUGAGAAUUUCAACCGACAAGACUUUACUGAAAAGUACAAAGAUUUGUGGAAAUCGUUAAGUUUCAAAAAGAAAGCAUAUUGGAUCAGAUUAGCAAAGGAAGAAGAAGAUAAAUUCUUGGAACAUUUGCACGAUGAAGAGGGAGAUGAAGAGAACAAACCUGCAUUGAUCUACAAAACUGUCAUCUCUAAAGAAGAACAGUCCAUACUAGACAGGUUAGCAGGAAAGCCUGAGAAGCCUCCAAACUCAGCUUAUAGCCUUUUUUCAAGACUGAUGCUCCAAGACAAAGACAAACACUUUGUUGAUGGAGAACCAAAAAACAGGAUGAAGGAAGUUGCUUCCAUGUGGAAAGAAUUGCCGGAUGAUCAAAAAAAGAUGUACGCAGAAAGAGUUCAGCAUAUGCAUGAACAUUACAAGUUAGAGAUGGCAAACUACCUAGACACACUUCCUGAGGCGAAAAGAAUUGAAGAGGUAGCCAAACUACAGCCUAAAAAGAAGAGAAUAGCUAAAGUGCGACAGAAAGUUGCUAAAAAGGCUGCUGCAGCAGAAGGACCUGUACAAGAUGGCGAGGAACUCUGGAAAAAUGAGCCGAAAAAGCCUCCAGUAACUGCCUGGGAUUUGUUUAAAACAGAGUUGGUAAAGAAAAACAGUCAUUUACCAAAAAAAGCGGCUUUCAAGCAGGCAGCUGUGCAGUGGAAAACCCUUUCACAGAAAGAAACCGAGAAAUACAAGAAACGGCACCAGCAGCUCAAAGACAAGUACAUGUCAGAUUUUGAAGAAUUCUUGAAUUCGCUGAAUGAGGAAGAAUUGAAAGAAUAUUCAGCUUGGAAAAAAGCAAAAACCGGACAAACAUUUAAUGAAGAAAGUGUAGAAGAAGAGUCUUCUGAAGACGAAUCAGAAGAAGAAGAAGAAGAAGAAAAUGGAGAGGCUGCUACAGCAGAACCUGAGAAUGAUGGUGAGGAACUCUGGAAAAAUGAGCCAAAAAAGCCUCCGGUAACUGCGUGGGAUUUGUUCAAAACAGAAUUUUUGAAUAAAAACAGUAAUUUGCCAAACAAAGCGGCAUUCAAGCAGGCAGCUGCACAAUGGAAAACUCUUUCACAGAAAGAAACCGAGAAAUACAAAAAACGACACCAGCAGCUCAAAGACAAGUACAUGUCAGAUUUUGAAGAAUUCCUUAAUUCGCUUAAUGAAGACGAAUUGAAAGAAUAUUCAGCUUGGAAAAAAGCAAAAACUGGACAAACCUUUAACGAGGAAAGUGUAGAGGAAGAGUCCUCUGAAGAAGAAUACAACGUAGAGGGUGCACAGAGCUCCUCAGAUUCCUCGGAUGAUUCCUCUGAUGAGAGUGAUAGUGGCGUCAGUCAAGUCGAAGUGUAGGUUAUUUUUUUGAGACUUAAGUAUUGUGUUUUAUACUGUUUUGUAAACUAUUUUCAUGUAAUUUACAAUACCGAGUAGGAAUUUUACUAUACUUUUAAGAAUUUGUGCCAAUAUUUACAAAAUCUAGGUCUAGAGGGUUUGAGCCAUUUAUCUAUUUACAGAAACUACCAACGUUUCGGCUACAUUAUAGUCGGCCAUCUUCAGGGCGGGUGAAAGCAAUCACAGUGUUCACACAAAAUUCUACUGGCAAGGGUGGGCCGGGCUCGUAGGGUAUUUAACCCCUUGGUGGGGGUUUGGUGGAGGUGUUUUGGUACUCUCCUCUCCUUUCUAUCUUCACCGGCCUCCGGCCGUUUUUAGAAUGUUUUCGGCUUUCUCUGGCUAGCAGGGACUGUUGAAUCACUGUUUUUCACACUAUUUUUAGUUUAAUAAAAAAAACGGUUCCUUGUAUUAUUUGAAUAUUUCCGUUUCCUUUAUGAACAUUGUCAGCAUGUUUCCUAAAUAACAUUGCUUCUAAAAUCUCUUUUAAAAUAUUUAUCAGAAUGUGCUAAAACUUUUACAUUAUCAAACUCUGUUGCAUGAUUAGUUUGGAAGGAAUGGUCUGUUCAUAGACAACUGAGGCGAUCGAACCCCGUAGACCAAGAUUGUUUAAAUAUUAGUGACGACUGUGGUAGCCUAUCCAUGAACAAUUUGUAUCAAUAUUGUUUGAAUAUUUGAAUAAAUAAUAAAUUUGUAA